AUGAUCACCUCAUUUUCAGAGGGUUUGGGUCGAGCAGAAGGCUUGUUUUUUCUACAGUUUCAGUCCAAAUUUGGGGCAUCCGCCCAACUGGCAGCUUGGCCGAAUUCUUUGUUGUCGACUGUAAGGAUGUUUAUGGGUCCAGCAUGCAUGGCAGUGGUCAAUCGCUACAGUGUGAGAACUGCCAGUAUUAUCGGCACCUUGCUCUGCUUUACCGGGAUGCUGCUCAACUCCUUUGCGCCAAAUGUGUAUUUCCUGUUCCUGUCACACACUCUACUGGGAGGUAUAGGCAGAGGGCUGAUGGCUGGUGUCGUGAUUUUGAACCUCUACUUCGACAAACACCGGAGUCUAGCAAACGGGCUGGGGUUGUCCGGUAUUGGUAUGGGCUCAUUAUGGACAAUCCCGCUGGUGCAGUAUUUGUUUGAUGAGUAUGGAUUCACUGGAACAUUCAUGAUUUUAUCAGCAUUACUCCUGCAUGGUCUACUUAUCGCCAUGUUAUACCGUCCGCUGAGACUGCACUACCAGUUCAUGACGGCAAAACUUAUUCAACUGCUAGGAGACAUCGUCGCUGCUUCCAAAGAAGACGUCUCCGGGAAAUCUUCAUCAAGCUCUUCUUCAGACGACGAUGCAGAUACAUUCAUAUUAAACAAAGAGGAGUCAACACAAUCAGAAUCAAAUGCUACGGGAGAAAGCGUAGAAAUUGAAAAGAAAGAUAACUCUGAAGGUUGUCUUCGCAGUUCUUUAAAAAUUUGCUUCCCUGUUGAAUUCAAACGUGAAGGGGAAAAGAAGACAUCGGACAUAUACCAUUGGGAUCUGAUAAAAAACAUACCUUUCAUGAUUUUCUGCAGCAACGGUCUUUUAUACCUAUUAGCCGUCAAGAUCGCUUUUCUCUUUCUUCCAGCCAUUGCACUGUCUAAAGGUUUCUCCAAACAGCAAGCUGCAAUAAUCCUGACCAUCAUAGGAGGUACAGACACUUUUGCUCGGAUUUUCACCGGAUUUCUUAUGGACCUGAAGCCACUGCGACGAUACAGGCAAUAUUUUUUCACCUGUUUGUUGUAUCUCUUAGCUGCUGAUACAUUGAUGAUCCCAAUAUUGCCCAGUUUUACUUCGGUGAGCAUCGUGUGUGCUAUUUAUGGGUUUUUAACUGGAGCAUUCAUGGCUCAGAGGAUGGUGUUUCUUGUCGAUAUCGUGGGAAGAGAGAAAGUGGCAAGUGCCUUGGGAAUACAGAGAGUAUUUCAGGGAGUUGGGACAUUGGUAGGACCCCCAAUUGCAGGUGCCCUGAGAGAUGCCCUUGGCAACUACGACAGUUCCUUCUAUCUGGGCGGUGGAAGUAUGCUUGGGUCCGCGUUGCUAAUGACGCUUUGUUUUGUGCUACUAAGAAUACAGCACAGAAAGUCAUCGAUUUAA